GUUUAUAAACUAAAAAAACUACCAAUCACUCAAUAGUGCGGUUAAAAACAAAAUCAAAAUUAUUUUAAAUUUAAAAACAAUUUAAAAUAUGUCGGGUCUUGGUUUUGAAGAGUUUGUUAUGCGUGCCAAGCGCUAUGUUGAAAAUUUCAUACGAACCCCGAACAAAAAAACCCUGGAAGCUGCCGAAAAUGAACUCCAAAAAUAUGACGGAAUUCAAAUGCAAAUGUUUCAAGUUCGUCUUUUGAUGCCUUUAAUGUUGAAAUUAGAUAAAUUAAAUGGGGAAAACAUCGAAUUACAAGCCGGUAUCAUCAGACUCAUGAAAACCGUCAUAUCGCGAACCUAUUUGAAAGAUGUUAAAGCCAUCAAAACUAUGUUAUUGAUUCUCAUCAAACAAGUGAGGGAAUGUGACAAGUCUUCUAUAAAAUCAAACCUUUCUGAAGAAAUUAAAUUAGCUACAAUCGAAUGCAUUACUGAGAUAUUCCAACGUUCAACUUCGGAUGUUUUGGAGCAAUAUUACACCAAAGAAUCAGCUUUAUUCAUGGGUCAGAUACUCUUAACGUCUGUAGAAUUUGUGGCCUUCGAAAAAUAUCGAAAAUUAGUAAUUUCUUCAAUUCACUGCCUUAUGGCUGUGUUCUUUGUCCAUGACAGAGCCGAUUCUUGUGAUAUAGUUCUGCGGAACCAAGUUGCCGAUACCUUGUUUGUCUUUGUCCCAAAAGUAAUAACGCAGCUCUUUAAAACUGCGUUAUCAGAUGAGAAACUGGGAGAAACAUUGAUUUCAACUGCCAUCAAAGCCCUCGGACGUAUUCUCCUCAUAAUGUUUGACAAGGGCGACAGUGGAUCAUUGCCCAAAUACGAUAAGAAAUCCUUCAUUGACCUUGUAACCAAAUCCCUAGAUUCCCAAACUAUCGACGAUAACAAAGAUCGCUUCAUAAAAAGUCCCAAAUAUUCAAAGCCAGACCUCGAAGAACAACUCAAUCGACUGCAGUCAGAGGGCAGGACCGCUCCAUGGUUCGAUGAGACAGCCUCAAAGUUGAAAAAUCUACUCCCAAAGUUGUCAAUUCUUAGGGCGAACCAAUCGAGAAGAAUUCGUUUCGAAUACGCGAAGCUGUGUUGCCAAUUAUUGGAGAAAUGUUCCUCACGGUUGGGUGACAACAACAUCGAGCUAUUGGAAUCCAUCAUGGCCAUGUCUCAAGAUGAGGAUGUGGCAAUCCAGAAACUGUGCUCGAACUGCAUAAACUCACUUCAACGUUCCGAAUGUAGCUUGAUUUUCGAUGACUUGGUUGAUGUUUUGUUCGAUAAGCAUCUCACAAAGCUGCCGCGUGUCAUCAAUCGCUGCGAAGAAGAAGAACAAUAUUCAGAAUUCUUGUUCUUUAAGGGAUUUUUUCAGAGCAUUUGCGAUCGUAGAUUGAAGCUACUGUUUACAUUUUCCAAGAAUCUCGAGGAAUUUUGUCUCUGCUUGAUUUCUGCCUUUGAAUUGCGAAUGCAUCCAAGUUUGCUCGCCGAGGAGUAUGCUCUUCGAGAUAUUUGCGAAGAUGAACAUGUCUUGCAUACAAACACUUGGCGAAAGUUUAAGAAUGUUGAUUCAAUGAGAGUUUUUAAGUUGUUGUGUGAUAUUUGCCAGAAUUUGGCACGUCCUGAGAUCUGUAACGUUGUCUAUGACUAUUUAAUGGAAUUGCUUCAUUCGAGCUGCGAAAUUGUCAAUGAAAUUAUUCUCAUAACGGGGAUCUUACUGAGCAGUAAAUCAGGCAGCAAGAGAGAUGAAAUUGUCAAGACGUUUUUGAAUGAACUUCUAGACGAAAGUCAUUGGCAUUUGGCACUGCAUCCGGAUGAAAUGCAAAGACUUAAGGUCAAAAAGAAAUCAGAUUGGUAUGUUGACCGCACGCCUGGUUUGUAUGAAUCUGCAAUUGAGAUAAGAGUACAAGACUGUAAUUCAGAUGAUUCCGAUGAUGAAGAUAGUAGACUUAAUACAGUCAAUGUUGCGGAUGCACAACUAAAUGUACUUCAUACUUGCAUUGUCUUGGAUGCUCUUGGGAAUGUAGCUGUGGCGAUGGGAGAACGGUUUAAACCUUUUGUUUUUCAGGCACUCCAUAAAGUGCUACUCAAAGCAGGCAGCAGUAAUUACAACGUGUAUGUGUGUGGAAGCUACGCGCUUUCGGCAGUGCGUAAAGCUUUGGGUUACAAUGAGGUGUACGAACUACUUGAAGAAUACACGGACUACAUUUCCUAUCAUAUGAGAACUUUAUUGAAAAGACCCUCAGAAACCCAAUCAGCAUGUGAUAUCCUUUCAGUUGUCUUCCGAUAUAGUUCUCUCAAUACUGUUGCCUACAUUGAAUCAAUUUUCUCAGUUAUUCAAGAUGAAUGUGCCAAAGCACAUCAAAAAGACAAUGUCAUAUCCUAUCUCAAGGUAUUUCAUGUCUUCUUUGAAAAUGUUCCCAAAUGGACAGUUCAUGUUGAGGGUGUUGGAAAGACCCCAGAUGAAGAAUUUAGCGAAAUGCAAAUAGAAGAAGAAUCGGAUCUCUUUACAAAAUGGAUGAAUAUUAUUAAUAAACCCAAACUCGAGAUGAUGAAUAUUAAUGACGUUGUACCAAACGAAACAAUGGAACAAGACGAAGAAGCCAAUCAUCAGUUGGAUGAAGAAGAAAAUAGAGAAGACGAAGAAAUGAAACCCGAACUACCUCGUUACAUUAAGCUCACAAAUGAAAUAAUUGGACAAAUUAUAAAAUUUGUUUCUUCACAAAACAAAAUGCAACAAAUUGUUGCGCUUGAGUGUCUUAUAAGUGGAUUGCCACUACUGAAGGACUACGAAAAUGAACUACUUCCUUUAGUCCAUCGAAUAUGGCAACCAUUUGUUGAACGUGUCAAGGAUAAAGAUCCAAUAAUACUCAAUCGGUGUUUCACCUUACUCGAGGUGUUGGCAAUUCUUGCCAAAGAUUUCCUUCUGCGAAGGACAUUAAAGGAAGUCCUUCCAUUUCUUGUGGGAUUUCUAACGAGUUCAGUGGCAAGAAGCAAAACUGAACAAAGUUUAGCGCAAACACAAGAAUUUAAACUUCAAUCAAAAUUAUUGAAGGAAUUCCCUACAUUGAUUGUUAAUAUGGACAUUGGAGGAAAACAUUUCAAUAGUAUUUCACAAGCUGUUGCUUUGUACCUGUCUAAGAAACAACCAUUAACUUUACAAACUCUAGCUAUUGAUUAUUUCAAAGAAUUGAUAACAUACAAUGGACCUUUUGUGUAUAUAGUUGUUUUAAGAAGAGAAAAUAUGUUAGAAUAUAAGGAAAAUGUUCAUAGAGUCUUGGAUUCAUUCAAGGUCAGAUAAAAGUUUAAAAAGAAAAUUUAA